CCUCCAAAUCGGCAAUCGAUUCCUCUUUGAAGUUGACGAGGUGUUUGUUUGGUUGGCGCCACAACGCCCGAGGCAUGGCGCUCCUCCCCCUGUUGCUUCUGCUGCUGCUCCGCAUCGUCGCCUCCGCCCCGGCCUCGCUGCCGGCCACCGCCCUCUUCGUCCUCGGCGACUCCACCGCCAGCUGCGCCGCCACCACACUCCCCAUCAACCUCUCCCUCACCUCCUCCUCCGGCACCUGUCUCUUCCCCUCCGCCCACCGCCUCCUCCCCGAUCUCCUCGCCGCCAAGAUGGGCCUCCCGCCGCCGCCCCUCAUCUCGACGCUCAACGGCACGGCGGCGGAGGUGGCCAGGGGCGUCAACUUCGCCGGCGAGGAUGGCGGGCGCGGCGCGAUCUUCCGCUUGGGCGCCGUGGGGCAGCAGCUGCGGCUGGCCACCGAGACGCUGCAGCUGCUGCGGCUGGAGGCCCCGACGCCGCAGGACGCGGACGCGGCGGCGGCGCGCGCGGUGUUCAUCCUGUCCUUCGGCACCGACGCGUACGCGCGCGUGCUCUCCCGCGGGUCGGAGGCCGACGCGUCGGCGCCCAAGCACGGCCGCCGCGGCCUCGCCCGCCUCCUCGCCGACCGCGUCGCCCGCGCCGUCGAGGAGCUGUACGAGGCCGGGGCGAGGAGGACGGCGGUGAUGGGGGUGGCGCCGCUGGGGUGCGCGCCGCGGGUGAUGUGGGAGGGGCUGCACGUCGUGGAUGGCCGGAGCUGCGUGGAGGAGGCGAACGAGCUCGUCCAGGGGUACAGCGCGAGGGUGGCGGCGCGGCUGGCGGCGCUGCGGCCGCGGCUGCCCGGCGCCGACAUCGUCUUCUGCGACAUCUACAAGGGGAUCAUGGACAUCAUCACCCAUCCUGCCAGAUUCGGAUUUGAUGAGACGAGGAAGGCGUGCUGUGGGCUGGGCCCGUUCGGGGGUACGGUGGGGUGCUUGACGAAGGAGAUGGUGUGCCCCACCCCGCAGCGACACGUGUGGUGGGACCUGUAUAGCCCCACCGAGGUAGUCACCUCCCUCCUCGCAAACUGGUCGUGGUCAGCGCCAUCUCAUUCCAACACCACCAUCUGUCGUCCCAUCACCUUGGAGAUGUUGACCGGCCAUAUGUCUCCAAUAUCUCCUAGUAAGUCCUAAAUUUAGAUAUCAAUCUGUAGCAGAUUAAAAAGAGUUUGAGAAGUUUAACUUUAGGGCCAUAGUAUUAUUAAAAAAAUCUGUUUAAAUUUUCGCUAAUAUAUAAUUUCAAUGAAUCAUUGGUCGAUAAGACCAAACGGCCACUUAGAUAUACCAAACUUAGUUAUGUAAGGCUACAUGUGCCUCAUAAUGCAGAAGCUGGAAGUUAAUUCUUCUAGCAUCACCAAGAAAA